CUUGUAAUGGACAGCAUGAACUGCAGGAUAAUCGCAUCAGAGGAUUUGCGCCCCGUUAAACACAUCCCUAAACCCACCCAAAACAGCUUUUAAAAGGAUACCCAAACCAAACCGAUCUCGCUGUCUUUCAAUCAUUCGCUUCAUUUCAAUUCUCUUCCAAAUCGAAAUCCAAAUCCGGUCAGAGAGAGUUUAACAAUGUCUCCGAAGCUAUCAGAGAAUGGAAUCGAAGGAGAUGACGAGAGAGAGGAAGAGGAAGAUUCUUCAGAAGACGAAGAAGAAGAGGAGGAGGAAGAAGAGGAAGAGGAGGAUGAGCCGAGGCUCAAGUACCAGAGAAUGGGGGGCAGUGUGCCUUCUCUUCUAUCCAGCGAUGCAGCUUCGUGUAUCACCGUUGCGGAGCGAAUGAUCGCUCUGGGUACUCACGAUGGCACUGUCCAUAUUCUCGAUUUCCUCGGCAAUCAGGUUAAGGAACUCUCUUCUCAUACUGCUUGCGUCAAUGAUCUUUGCUUUGACAUAGAAGGUGAAUACAUUGGAAGCUGUUCAGAUGAUGGUACUGUUGUAAUCAACGGUCUUUUUACUGAUGAGAGAAUGAAAUUUGAGUAUCAUCGCCCAAUGAAGGCCAUUGCCCUGGACCCAGAUUAUGCAAGAAAAUCAUCCAGAAGAUUUGCUGCUGGUGGUUUAGCAGGUCAUUUAUAUUUGAACACAAAGAAGUGGAUAGGCUACCGUGACCAGGUUCUGCACUCUGGUGAAGGUCCAAUUCAUGCAGUGAAGUGGAGAACAAGUCUCAUUGCUUGGGCAAAUGAAGCAGGUGUAAAAAUUUAUGAUGCCACUAACGAUCAGCGUGUAACAUUUAUUGAGAGACCACGGGGAAGUCCACGCCCUGAGAUUCUGCUCCCUCACUUAGUUUGGCAGGAUGAUACUCUCUUGGUCAUUGGCUGGGGGACGUAUGUGAAAAUUGCAUCGAUAAGAACAAAUCAGAGUAAAGAUGCCAAUGGGACAUAUAGGCAUAUUCAGAUGUCUGGAAUGAACCAGGUGGAUAUCGUGGCAUCUUUUCAAACCAGCUAUUUCAUUUCAGGAAUUGCUCCUUUUGGUGAUUCUUUGGUUGUUCUAGCUUAUAUUCCGGGCGAAGAAGCCGGAGAGAAGGAAUUUAGCAGCACUGCUCCAUCACGCCAGGGAAAUGCUCAGAGACCGGAAGUACGUGUUGUUACAUGGAAUAAUGAUGAGCUUGCAACAGAUGCACUACCUGUACACGGCUUUGAGCAUUACAAAGCAAAUGACUAUUCCCUUGCUCAUGCUCCAUUCUCAGGUAGCAGCUAUGCAGGUGGUCAGUGGACUGCUGGUGAUGAACCAUUAUACUAUGUUGUAUCCCCAAAGGAUGUAGUUAUUGCAAAACCUAGGGAUGCAGAAGAUCAUAUUUCUUGGCUUCUUCAACAUGGAUGGCAUGAGAAAGCUUUAGCAGCUGUUGAAGCUGGACAGGGGCGGAAGGAUCUUCUUGACGAGGUGGGGUCAAGAUACCUUGACCAUUUGAUUGUGGAAAGGAAAUAUGCCGAAGCCGCGUCUUUAUGUCCAAAAUUGUUAGGAGGAUCUGCUUCAGCAUGGGAGAGAUGGGUUUUCCACUUUGCUCAUCUCCGCCAGCUUCCGGUACUGGUUUUGUAUAUACCAACAGAAAACCCUAGGUUACGUGAUACUGCUUAUGAGGUUGCUCUUGUAGCUCUGGCAGCAAAUCCAUCUUUCCACAAGGAUCUCGUAGCAACUGUUAAAUCUUGGCCACCUGUAAUUUAUUCUGCAUUGAAUGUUAUCUCUGCCAUAGAACCUCAGCUUAAUACUUCAUCCAUGACUGAUGCGCUCAAAGAGGCACUGGCGGAGUUAUAUGUAAUCGAUUCACAGUAUGAGAAAGCUUUCAUACUAUAUGCGGAUCUUAUGAAGCCUGAUAUAUUUGAAUUCAUCGAAAAUCAUGACUUACAUGACGUAGUUCGUGAAAAGGUUGUUCAACUGAUGACAUUGGAUUGCAAACGCGCAGUUCCAUUGUUGAUCCAGCACAGGGAGUUAAUUACUCCACCUGAAGUUGUUUCGCAACUUUUAGCUGCAGGGAAUAAGUGUGACUCCAGAUACUUUUUACAUCUAUAUCUGCAUUCACUAUUUGAAGCUAAUCCACAUGCUGGAAGGGAUUUCCAUGAUAUGCAGGUGGAGCUUUAUGCAGACUUUGAUCCUAAGAUGCUGCUUCCUUUUCUUCGUAGUAGUCAGCAUUACACACUUGAGAAGGCGUAUGAGAUUUGUUUAAGAAAAAAUCUAGUGAGAGAGCAAGUUUUCAUCCUUGGCAGAAUGGGAAAUUCAAAACAAGCCCUUUCAGUUAUCAUAAAUAAAUUAGGGAAUAUAGAAGAGGCUAUAGAAUUUGUGGGUAUGCAGCACGAUGAUGAACUUUGGGAAGAAUUGAUCAAAGAGUGUAUUAACAAACCUGAAAUGGUAGGCGUGUUGUUGGAGCACACUGUGGGAAAUCUGGAUCCUCUCUAUAUUGUAAAUAUAGUGCCAAAUGGUUUAGAAAUACCUCGGCUGAGGGAUCGUCUGGUCAAAAUUAUCACAGACUACAGGACAGAAACUUCUCUUAGACAUGGGUGUAACGAUAUUCUUAAGGCUGAUUGUAUUAACUUGUUAAUUAAAUACUAUAAAGAAGCAAGACGUGCAGUUUACUUGAGCAAUGAAGAAGAUGAAGCUCGUGCUAAAAGGGAUGACAAUAGGGACUCUCAGUCAACUGAGAGAGCACCUAACGUGAGAACCAUGGAGGUUAAGUCGAAAACUAGGGGAGGUGGACGGUGUUGCAUGUGUUUUGAUCCCUUCUUCAUACAGGAUGUGUCGAUCAUUGUAUUCUUUUGCUGCCAUGCUUAUCAUAGAAAUUGUCUUAUGGAUUCCACCAAUUCUGUUAGCGCCAAAAAAGAGGCAGGUGCUACUUCUGGAGAGGCGAUAUCAUAUUAUUAUGAGAAUGGUGAUGUUAACGACAUCGAUACCCCUUCAAGUGCCUCUCCGAUGCGUUGUAUUUUGUGUACUACAGCAGCAGGUUGAGAAUAUAUUGGUUGGGGUAGGGGAUGAGGUAUUUUUUGUGGGUGGUGUGUGCAUAUGUGUGCUGUUUAUUAGGUCUUGUUGUUGUGCUUCUAUUCGCAAUAGGCCUUGUAUUUAUUAUUUUAUUAUUGAUGUCUUGGGCGUCAUGAUGGCUUUUUAAGAGAGCAGUUUCUUGCGUGCGGAUGUAGUUUUUGCAGUCCAAAAAUGAAAGAAGAAAAUGUAGUUUUUGCACAUCAACUGAGUUCAUAAUUUGAUUUUUAGUUUCGUGA